GUCAAUCAAGUCGAUUAUUUGACCCGGGUUUUUUCUUAACCGGUCAUGAAUUAAGUUCUUAAUUUUUUUUAUGAGUAAGUCUCGGACUAUAUUUUAUUUGUAAGGAUUUAUGGCAUCACAAUAUCCAGGUUCCAUGGUUUUUGGAAUUAGCUCCUGCCCUGUCAUUCCUUUGUUCUACGGCUUUGGUACUUGGUUCACUCCUUCUUCUUUACGAGUAAGAUGAAUAAAAGCAGACGUUCCACCAGUUGCCCGAGCUUCAUAUCACAAACCAGCAGAACUUUAAGACGCGAAGUUUCAAACAACAAGCGUCUCCUUAAGCGGAUUCAGAGACAUUACCACCGUAGAUUGCCAAGACUUUUAGGCAAGCCAAUAAAGCUCUGUGACUUGUUUGUGGCUGUGAUAUCCCGGGGAGGUUACAAAACAGUAUGUGAUCGUGGAUUGUGGUUGGAUGUGGCAAGAGAGCUCAACUUACCCUUGCAAUGUGCGAAUGCAAGUGUGGGUUUGCGGAGGAUCUAUUACCAAUUCUUGAGUCAUUUUGAAAUUAAAGAAUAUCCUGCUCUUUCUGAACAAUUUCUGGUACAGACACUUGUGGAGCCUGAUAUUGAACCGGAAAGUAUAUGCCUCCCUCUUUCUGCAGUCGAACGAAGUCUUGGAAUUGGUACAUCGCAUCAACAUGGUUACAUGACAUCUCACUCAGCAGGUGAUUUUUUUGACCGGUCAUACCGAUCUCGCUUCUUCCCUUUAACUCAGGAAUAUGGUCAAACUAAUAGAGAAUACUCUGUGCUCAGUCAAGACAAUGAUACUUCUGACUCCAAUCAUUCAGAUGAAUUCCCUGACUUAUAUGAACCAUCGCAACUGCGAUUGGUAGAAUCAGCUCUUUGUUCAGGUUUACCAAAUGAAAUAGAAGUUGCCUUGAACGCCUUGCUUGUCCUGUCGAUAACUCCAUCAUCUGGUUCGUCGACCAGUGUUCGACUAGCUCAUUGUACUAAUCUACUCUCCCUCCUAUUAGCCUCUGUUGGUAUAUAUAGUGAAGGUUUUGGAUCGUAUAUUUCCUGUGAUGAAACAUGGAGACGUCAAAGCCAGCUAGACUUUUUAAAGUUUUGGUACAAUGUUGUUCGUCAACCUUCUGGUCGUGUUUUUCUUCGCCCUGAUGUUUUCAUUAAUGCUGAAUAUACUUCCGAUGAGAUUGAUACAGAUGAAGAGAAAGCCUUGAAUGAACUUUUCGCUCCAUCUUCCAGUGAAUUCUAUAGAUCCCAUUGGUGUAUGGAAGGUUGUGAAGGUUCCCGUGUUCUACUGAUUGCUACAAUUCUUGUUAAUUUAGUCACUCCACCUCCUGUUGUCUACACAUCAUCUAUCGGUGAAGAUGAUGAUGAUGAACUUGAUUUUGGACCUAUUACACCGUGUAGUCUUUUUCCAAAUGGUAUACCUCUUGCAACUUGGCGGGAUAAUGCACGUGUUAUUGCCGCAAAUCCAAAUGCUCUUCGCUUUAUCUAUCUGUGUUGUUAUGCUCAGCAUUCAGGUUUAAAAUCUCUGGGUUUACAACUUCUGUCAAGUAUACGCUAUCCAUUAGAUCCACCUAGUGUACCACUUCCUCUGGAUUGUCCAAAUGAUUGGACACCGUUGAUUGAUAAUGGUUGUCGUCUUGGCCAGUUAACUUUAGCAUUUCUAACUCGAUGCAUUCUAGAGAGUAAUGAUCGCUGUGAUUUGAUCGCGGGUUUGAUGUUUCUGGCUAAUUUAACCAAAGUACGCGACAAAGGGAAUCUAUCUAGUCUUGUUGUUGGUCUACCUCAAACUGUUUGGCCACGGCUUGCUCAGUUGUUAUGCUUGCCAGAUUUAGCAAUUGUAUGUGCUACUUUAGAAGCUAUGCGCUGCCUGACAAACUUGGAUGCAACAACAUGUGUCACAUGUUGGGAGUCUUGUUGCUCAAAUCUGGAUUCAUUGGAUGGUGGAAACAUUCCUUUUAUUUUACUUCAACCUCUGCUAGCAUUGUUAACAUUGGAAGGUCAGGCUAUGGGAUCACAAUCCCUUCAUCGUAUUAGGCUGUUACCUCGUAAUCCACAAAUUCAAUCACAACCUCAACCCUCCCAUGCGCCGAAUUUUCGAAUACCCGUGCCCAGUCGUAUACCACCUCCUAGUGUAAAUGACCAUAAUCGGUAUCGAGAACCAUUACAUGCUAAUAGUGGACAAACAUUUAAGACGUAUAUCCUUCCAAAAUCCCCUUCUAAACUGCAUUCAAUCCCAUCCGAUUCUAAUUCUAUUAAUGAUCUUCGUAAUCCUGCUACUUCUUCCUUUCAUAGUUUAAAAUCUGAAUCCAGUACUCCACUGAAACCAUCCAUUAUUACACCAGUAGUAUCUUGUAUGCCACAACCGGUUUACAGACCUCAAAGUGGAAGUACUGCUUGCUCAGGUCUUAUAAAUUUACUCUCCUCAACAACACCAUCCUCUUCAUCAUCAUCAUCCUCAAACUUAAGUGUAUCAUCAACACCGGAUUCACCAACUUCCAAUUCUAUCAUCAACACAUCGCCUAAAACAAUGACACCAAGUUUGUCGGAGCUGACAGACAGGCUACAAAUGCCGCCACCGUCUUUACCGCCGCCAUCUGCGUUACGUCGGUCGGGAAAAUGGCCUCAACCACGAAAUAGCCUGCCUUCAUCUCCACCACCGCCUCUUCCACCUCCGCCUUCCUCGUCUUCUCAGCUGAUAAACAAAUCGAAAAUGCCGACUCCAAAUUCUCCUUGUCGGACUAAUUACUCAUCAGGGAAUAUGCCGGUGAUGACCGACCAUCGCAUAAGCAGCAGCUCGUCAUCACAGCUGUCAGUCACUUCAAGCAGUUCCAAGUCUCUGUGUUCUUCAGAAAAUUCAACACCUUCAGAGAAGGAGGAUAUAGAGCCUUCAUCAAUCCUCACAGAAAAACAUGUACAUAUAGAUAGUCCUGUAAAAUUACCGCCCAAUGAAAGUAUGAUUAAAGCAAACAGUUCACGAAAUUCCCCACCCCAUCUAAAGUCUAUUUCAAAUCAUGAGGAUUGUGAUAAUAAUAACAAUAAUAAGAAUUCAUCGAAUCCACCUUCUCCAUGUGUUGUUCCAGUUGUUGUCGACAGUGAAACCAAACCAAUACUUGUUAACGGUGAUGAAGGCAACAGUGUUGUUGUUGAUGAUAAAGAAUUAUUAAAUAGUCAUGCUGAUAUGGUUGUUAACAGUAAGCAUAAAAAUGGUCUACGCACUGGUAUCUUACAAGAGGCUGUUUUAGCUCUACAAGACAAGAAAAGCAUUAAACUGUCCACAACAGAACAAUCGAAAUCAGCUGAUCAUGAUGAUGAUGAUAAACAGCAUAUCAUCAAUGGUGUGCAUUAUACUGGAGAAACAAAAGCUGAGACACCGGAUUCCAAUAUUGUAAAUACUGCCGAAUUGGAUGGUGGGAAAUCAAAUCAUAUAGAUAACUGUGAGGGGCUGAUAGUGGUCACUGAGAAAAAGUUGGAUAAAAGCUCUUUAAGCAAUGGAUAUUUAACUGAUGACAUGCAUGUUUCAACAAAGAAUUGUAAUCCGUCUACCAAAGAUAUCAGUAGUAAUAAUAAUAUUGAUUUGAUUAAGAAUAACAACAAUAACAAUUCUGAUAAACUGGAGAAGAUAUCAAGCAUCAGUUUUCAAGCUAUGCAUCCUUCGAAUCGAUUUUUAAAACGUAGACGAAAAUGGGGUUCAAAGAGUCGGCUGUUUACACCGAAACGUCGACGAGAUCUUAUCAAUACUACCACUAAUAAUAACAAUAAUGGUAAUCUCACUGGGACAGUCGCUGCGCAUUGUAAUACAUCCGCAUCGUUAAAUGCACUAUUGAGGUUAAAUCCUGUACCAGGUUCUGUGCUCGAUCCUACUUGGAAGCCUAAUGAUGAUUCCUCAUCGAAUAAAACAGUCGUCAGCUGUGGUGGUAGUGGUGGUUGCGGUGAGGUGGUGACCACUACCACUACCACCAAUAAUCUAUCGGCUGAUUAUGAUUCUAAGAUUUCUACUACAAUAUCCACAGAAGUUAAAAAUCAAUUGAACUCAUGUGAAAAAAAUGAAUGUCGGACAAGUGAAUCACAAGUGGAGUGCGGUGUAGAUUCCAUCAAUCCCGUCAAUCAUCAUCAUCAUGAUCAGGGUGCUAAAAGUUCCGAAGGUCAGUCUACAACAACAGUCAACAUGGAAAAGCCAGUAUUGUACUUAUGCGAAUGGGAGUGUUGUACAGCGACAUUUGAACAAAAACACCUAGUUGCCCAACAUGUCUACUUAACACAUUUGCCUAACAAGGAGACUUGGAAAUCGGAUAGUUCACAUCAUGCUAAUCAUAAAUAUCCUGUUCAACUGGUUCGUCGGUGUUGUCGUUGGCGUGGUUGUCAGUCUGCAUCACUUGCUCGUGCACCAUACGCUUUAAUGACUCAUGUACUUGAUAUGCACUGUAGCCCUAAAGAAUUAGAAGCAAGACGAUCAACCAAUAGUGAGCAUAAAAAGAUAACUGAUACACAAAGAGAACACUGUUAUGAUGUCAAUCCGUCAUCAUCAUCAACAGCAGGAGUAGAUCUAAUACACUCGGAAUAUCCAUAUGUUGGUGAUCGUUCAGCCUGGGCAAUUAUACGUUCUAUUGAAGCCAAAAGUACACAAAAUGAUUUAUGGGCUGCUCAACAUCAUUUCUUUCUUACAAAUCCACAUUGUCAAUCCAAUAUGCCAAUAAAUCAUCCAUUUAUACAUAAUAAUCCACCACGUGAAGGACCAGUAACAAAACAUCUUCGUGUAACUUCUGCUCUAAUUUUAAGAAAUUUAGUAUUACAUAUUGAAGAAGCUAGACAAUGGUUACUGAAAGAGUCACAACUUUUAUCCGAAAUAGCAUUUGGUUGUACACCUAGUGAGACAGGUUUAAGAACAAACAAUGCAGGGCAUAUUAUCGCUCAAUGUCUAUCAAUAUGUACAUUAAAGAAGAAGAAGAAUAAGAAUAAGCAGAAUACGCCUAGUCCACCUAUUGUCAAUUCAUUUAUCAUGAAAGAAUCCAUGCAUCAAAACAUUCCUUCAACGUCUUUACAACCUCAUUCUCCUUCUGCCGCCUCCUCCUCUACUUCUUCUUCCUCCUCAAGGAUUCAGUCAGUUGAAUUCACCAGUCACCGUCACCAUCGCCGCCAAUAUGUUGACAGUACUGUCGACUUGGAUUCGGAUGUUUUUUGUAAUUAGUAAUCGAAACAAACAAAGAAACAAACGAACAAAAACGGUAAUUCUUUCUAUACACAAAUCUAUCUAUCCAUCUAUCCAUCUAUGCAUAUAUAUAUAUUGUUUGUGUUGUUGUUCUAUCUUGUUGUUGCUGUUAAUUUCUUUCUCACUGCCUUUCCAUGUCGUUUCUAAUUUCACAAAAAAUUUUUCAGGUUUAUUGCACACCGCCACUUACACACCUCCUUUUCUCAUUCUCUGUAGAUAAAAAAAAUGCUAAUUACUAUUAUUAUUAUUAUUAAUAGUGAUAAUUUUUAAUUUGUCAACUGCUUCAGGUGUGUACUUGCUAAUGCUGUUUAUAUUUAUAUUUAUACAUAGUUUAUUCUGAGUUUAUUGUACAGUUUAUAUUACAUACAUACUUACAUAUACUUACUUAUAUUGUGUUGAAAGCGCGUAUAGCAUAGCCAGUUAAGCUAUCUAUCUAUCUACCUAGCUAGCUAGCGAGCUAGCUGUGUAUUCUCUUGUCUUCUCUUCUUCUUCUUCUUCUUCUCUGCUUCCACACUUCGAUGUAACUGCGCGCGCGCAUGUGUUUGUGCGUAUGCGUGCGUUUACACUUUCUGGUUGUUGAGUACUAACUUCACUUCCCUCACUUGUUACUAUUUCACCUCCUUUUGUAUUCACCAGACACAUACACACGCCCACUGUGUUUGUUGAUGAAUGCCAAAGAUUGUGGGCGUGUGUGUGUGUGUGUCUGCGUCUGUACACGUGUUUCCGUCUGUGUGUUUAUAUAUUCUCCUUGUUGUAUUUCCCCUGGAAUUUCACAAGACCACUACUACUACUUCUUUGUGCAGCUCACCUCAGUCAAUGAUUGACUAACUGACUGAUCGAUUGUCAAGCACGCGACCGACCCCCAAAUUGAUCUAUCUUACCACUACUUACUGUCAACGCUAUUAGUAAUAUUUCUUUUCUUCUUUCUAUCCUUAUUGUUAUUACCAUUGUUAAUAUCGUUAUGGCUAAUAUUGUUAUUAUUAUUAUUAUUGUUUUUUUAUUGAGAAAUGUGUUCUUCUUCUGUGAGUAGUUGGUUGUUAGCCUUCCCGAGAAGAAAAAGAGAUUUAAGCGAUGAGUAGUAGUCCUAAUGUUAGCUCAGUGAAGUGGCCCCACUGUCUCUCUUUCUAUCUCUCUCUCUCAGUCUGUCUGUCUCUGCAGAAGCAUAUUGCAUAUUUAUAUAACAUGUGUAUAUGGAUGGAUGUAUAUGUGUGUUACAGCUUUCAAUAUGAAGCCAUCUCGUUAGUAAUAUAUAUAUAUAUAUAUAUAUAUAUAUAUAUAUCUCGUUCCAGUAAGUGGUGAUGAUGAUAACAUUAGUAGCCAUCAUUAGCAUUAGCAGUUAUACAAGUUAGUAUUCAGCACUACUUCUAAACUGCUAACCUUUUUGUCUGCUCAGCUCUUUCUCUCUCUUACACACAGACAGAGGUGGUGGUGGUGGUAUGUGUCCGUGCCAACUUCCCCACCCUCUCCCCUGUAGUGUUUGUGUAAUUCUCUUACUUUCUUUUUUGUACAGUUUCCUAUAUUAUAUAUAUAUAUAUAUAUAUAUAUAUAUAUAUAUAUAUCAUAUCCAUAUAUAU